CCGGAAGCAGCGCACAGUGUGCAGGCGCUGUGUAUCUGGAGCCGCUGACUGAUCACAGAUCGGAUCUGUCUAAGGGAUCUCACAUGGGCUUCUAGUCCUGGAUCGCGUUUAGCCGGCUUUCCUGAUGACAGUGUGCUUGGACCCACAGACGAUAGCCAAGACCUUACUGGCAGAUUUAUGACUUAACUCGAUGCUCGUUGCCAGUGUAAUUGAUACCAGUAAACCGGUUUAAGAUCAGUGCUGGGGGUACAAUGCUGACCCCAUUCACAGGAAGAAGUUCUGGCUAUGAAAGGAUCUCAGCCAGUGGAAAGAAAGAAAAUCCAGAAGAAAAUGCAUCAUUCUUUAGCAAGGUGACCUACUCCUGGUAUAGCAGAAUAAUUACUCUUGGCUACAAGAAACCAUUGGAGAGAGAAGAUCUUUUUGAGCUCAAUGAAGCAGACUCAUCCUAUAGCAUCUGUCCAGCCUUUGAAAAGAAUUGGAGAAAGGAACAUGAAAAAAAGGGAUCAGGGUACAAGAGGCCAUCUUUAUUCUGGGCAUUAUGGAAUACAUUCAAAUACUCGCUUAUAAAGAUCGCUCUGAUGAAAGUUGUGGCUGAUAUUUUGGCAUUUGCAAGUCCUCAACUCUUAAAGCAGAUGAUUGCUUUCUGUGAAAGCUGGUCGGUGGAGUCCUGGGAUGGCUACAGUUUGGCUUUCGCCCUUCUUCUGGUCACAGUUUUACAGACUUUGGUGCUGCAGCUGUACCAGCGUUUUAACAUGCUUACUGCGGUGAAAUUCAAAACUUCAAUUAUUGGACUCAUAUAUAAGAAGUCUUUGCAGUUGGCGAACUCUUCUCGACGGAAAUUUACUACGGGCGAAUUAGUGAACCUGAUGUCAUCAGAUGCCCAGCAGCUCAUGGACCUCAUUGUGAACAUUAAUCUCCUUUGGUCAGCCCCGUUCCAGAUUCUGCUGGCCAUUGUCUUCUUGUGGCAGGAGCUCGGGCCGUCGGUACUAGCAGGUGUUGCCGUGCUGGUCCUGGUUAUUCCUAUAAAUGCGUUUGUUGCCUCCAAAGUAAAACAACUAAAGAAAAGUCACCUGAAGAGCAAAGACCAACGCAUCAAACUACUAAAUGAAAUUCUGCAUGGAAUUAAGAUUUUAAAGCUUUAUGCAUGGGAGCCCUCAUACCAAAAGAAAGUUGUUGAUAUUCGAGAAAGUGAAAUGGACGUAUUGAAAUCCUCGGGUUAUUUGACGACUUUCUCCAUGCUGACGCUAACAUGCAUUCCGUUCCUGGUUUCCAUAGCUACGUUUGGUGUUUACUUUUUAUUGGAUGAAGCCAAUGUUCUAACAGCAUCAAAGGUCUUCACUACCAUAUCUUUGUUUAACAUCCUGCGCCUUCCGCUGUUUGAUUUGCCGACGGUGAUCUCUUCAGUAGUUCAGACUAAAGUGUCUCUUGGCCGACUGGAAAACUUAUUUUGUGGUGAAGAACUUAACCCAGAAAACAUUGAAACAACCUACAGCGGAAAUCAUGCUGUUGGUUUUGUCGGUGCGUCUCUUCAAUGGGACAAAACAGGACCUUCUGUCUUGAAAGAUUUGAAUCUGAAGAUCCCCGAAGGAGCGUUAGUUGCUGUUGUAGGCCAAGUUGGAUCUGGAAAAUCAUCUCUUCUUUCAGCCAUACUGGGGGAAAUGAACAAACUGGAAGGAACUAUUCAAAGGAAGGGCUCCGUGGCCUAUGUCUCCCAGCAAGCAUGGAUACAGAAUGCAGUGUUUCAAGAUAACAUUCUCUUCGGGCUGCCUUUCAGUAAGCUGCAUUAUGAACAGGUCCUCGAGGCGUGUGCCUUGUUGCCAGACCUUGAGCUUUUGCCCAAUGGAGAUCAGACUGAAAUUGGAGAACGGGGUGUAAACCUAAGCGGUGGUCAGAAACAGAGGGUGAGUUUGGCCAGAGCGGUUUACAGCAAUGCUGAUAUAUACUUACUGGACGAUCCUUUGUCUGCUGUGGAUGUACAUGUUGGGAAACAUUUAUUUGAUAAAGUAAUCGGAAUAAAUGGACUCCUAAGAAAAAAGACCCGAAUCCUGGUGACCCACAGCCUUACAGUUCUCCCUCAGGCUGACCUCAUUGUUGUGAUGGAAGGCGGCAAAAUAGUUCAAGUCGGAACGUACGGGGAUCUUAUCUCUAAAAAACAAAACUUUGCUGACAUGAUCCAGGCCCUUGAUGAUACCGAAAAAGAAAAUCUGAAUGAAACAAGAUCAAAUCGCUUGAAGGAAGUUGGAAAUUUAAAGGCCCCCAAGAAACAACAUGAAGAUGUUUUGGUUCAAAUGGAUAGCAAAGCAUUUGGGGAAACAAAACAUUCCAGAAUAAAUAAAGAAAAAGUAGCAACUGGAAAUAUGAAGAUGUCAGUUGUGAUGAAGUACCUUCAAGCCUUUGGAUGGUCCUGGGUGACCUUUACCAUAAUAGCAUACGUUGGUCAAAAUGCCUUGGCUAUUGGUCAAAAUGUUUGGCUCAGUCAUUGGUCAACAGAAGCCAAAUUAAUUACAGACUCGACUCAAUGGGCAGAUAUAAGAAACACUAGACUGGGAGUCUAUGGCCUUUUAGGAUUUGUGCAAGGUGUUUUCGUGUGUUAUGGUGCUUACGUAAUCACUAGAGGAACAAUCUUGGCCUCCAGGACCCUCCAUAACCAGAUGUUGGAUAAUAUUCUGCAUCUGCCCCUUCAGUUCUUUGAAACCACACCAAUGGGUCAAGUGAUUAACAGAUUUACUAAGGAUGUGUAUGUGAUUGAUGAGCGAUUCCAUUAUUAUUUACGCACGUGGCUGAAUUGUAUGCUAGAUGUUCUUGGGACAAUUCUGGUCAUAAUAUACGCAACACCAUUUUUCACGCUGGUUAUUGUUCCGCUUGCAUUAUUCUACCUUCUUAUUCAACGGUACUACAUCGCCAGCUCCCGUCAGAUCCGACGACUAGACGGAGCUUCUCGUUCUCCCGUCAUUUCCCACUUCAGUGAAACGCUCCUGGGGGUUUCCACCAUCAGAGCGUAUGGACAUCAGGAGAGGUUCAUCAACCAGAACAAAGAUGUGCUCAAUGAAAAUUUAGUUUGUUACUACAAUAACGUUAUAUCAAACAGAUGGCUUGCUGUAAGACUGGAGUUUCUAGGAAACCUGAUGGUUUUCUUCGCUGCCCUUUUUGCCGUUCAGGCUGCCGACAAGGUGAAUCCCGGCACCGUGGGGUUAUCGAUAACCUAUGCACUAAAUAUCACACAGACUUUAAAUUUUUGGGUCCGUAAGGCCUGUGAAAUCGAAACCAAUGGAGUUGCAAUUGAACGGCUUUGUGAAUACGAACAGAUGGAAAAAGAGGCCCCGUGGAUUAUGUCCAGGAGACCCCCUGCAGAAUGGCCAGAUAAAGGUGUUAUAGCGUUUGAGAACUACCAGGCCAGAUAUCGGGAAGAUCUCAACCUUGCCUUACAAGACGUAACAUUCAGACUACACACCACAGAAAAGCUUGGGAUUGUUGGGAGGACGGGAGCCGGUAAAUCCACUCUCACAAACUGCUUGUUUAGAAUAGUUGAGAGAGCCGGAGGCAGGAUUGUCAUCGAUGGAAUUGACAUUGCAACCAUCGGGCUUCAUGAUCUGAGAAGUAAACUCAAUAUUAUACCACAGGAUCCUGUGCUGUUUUCGGGAACCCUGCGGAUGAACCUGGAUCCUCUAGAGAAACAUCGUGAUGCGGAGCUUUGGGAAGCUUUAGAAAUGUGUCACUUAAAGAGUUUCGUGCAGUCGCUUCCUAAGAAACUCUAUCACGAGAUAUCCGAGGGAGGGGAAAACAUCAGUGUAGGACAGAGACAGCUUAUCUGCCUUGCUCGUGCAUUGCUGCGUAAAACGAAAAUACUGAUUUUAGAUGAAGCUACAGCAUCUAUCGACAUGGAGACAGACAACUUGGUCCAAAGCACCAUUCGCAAGGCAUUUUUUGACUGCACCGUGUUAACCAUAGCGCACCGACUGCACACCGUCCUGGAUUCCGAACGGGUUCUCGUUCUGGAUUCUGGCAGAGUUGUAGAAUUUGGGGAACCACAAAAGCUGAUAAAGACGCACGGUGUCUUCUCAAAGAUGAUGUCAGAAGCAGGGAUACAUUUGAAUACGGAUGCAACAAAAUAGUACGCCACCAUUUUGGUUUGCUCAAGAGCCCUUCAAAGCACAUAUCCUGGAACCAAUCAAAGCUUAAGCGCUUUGCAACAGUUUGAGAA